UCGUCGGCGCGUGUUUGCGACGAAGUUAGCGACAUGAUAAGAUAAACAAUAACAAUUGCUGAUAUUGUUAAAUGUUUAACCCAGUCCAGUGAUGAACGGGUGAUGGUCCCCCAAAAAAGCCGACUUCUUGAUUUGUGUUUAAUUGUUCCGGUUUCCCACGUAAUUCGCCGCGUCUCGAGUUCUUACUUGUUUAUGUUCGUACAGAGUGGAUUUGCCAACAAUUCAGCCGCUAAAAGUGCCAAAACCGAAAUUGAGCCAGAAUCGCAGGAAAUAAGCGGCCAAAGAGGAAUUGGCGAAAAAAAGGUGUUUUGCGCCUCUCUCUCUCCCACCCGCGGCAUGUGUGUGUGCGUGUGCAUGUGUGUGUUGGCGUCGCUAAAAAGUGCAUGUGAAAAAUAUUGAGCAAGUUGAAGGAAAAGAAGGCUGAAAAGUAAAUAACGAAAGGCAGGAAAAGUGAGAAAAUCGCUGGAAAAACAACAAAACACAAGGUGGCAUAAAUAAGGCAGAGUUUUAAUAAUAAAAAACGCAGUCGAGUGCACUGCGUGUGUAUGUGCCGCUGCAUGUGUGUGUGAGUGAUCUCUUUGGAAGAAAAAAAAACUGUUUUUGCAGCCGGGGUACAAAUUCCAAUUGGAAUCUGUAGGAGCAAUCGGCGCAUGUGUGACUGACAAACAAAAAACAACCGAAAGUGAAUUGAAUGGCAUCGCAUGGAUUGGAAUUGGAUGGAUGUGCUUUGCCGCAAGCUCACUGAAUGAAUUUCGACUUUCGCACAAUUUGCACGCUUUUCACACUCGAUUAUUGGAAUUAAUUUAUUUUUAUCAAAAUAACGAAACAAGUAUUUUGCAUAAAAACGAACGGAAAUCGAAAGGAACGCCCUGCGAAGGUCAUUGCCAAAAGAGCGGAACGCCGGCAAACGGAACGGGGAAACAAUGGAAAUGAGAGGAAGCCAGGCAGACAUGCAAAUAUUGGGUGACUUUUGAGGGGUUUUUGUGGAUUAGCAUAACUCGCUCCGCAAAAUAAUCAAUAUAUUAUAUAUCCCCCACAUCCCGCACACAUGGAAAACAAAGCCAAAUAAAGUUGGAGAACAAUGGAAAUGCAACAGGAAAACGAAAGGGGAAUCCCCAAAUCAGAGAAAGAAGGAGAAGAGAUGAGAAGUAACCAAGAGACUGAAAAAGCGGCCAUGAUAAAGGGUGGAAAUGAAGGAUUGAAGUCCCCGAACGAAGUCCAAACCACCCAACGAAAUAAAGAAAAUACCACAACGAAACCCCUUAAAUUGGAUGGCAUUUUCGCCAUACCAGCCACGCCCCCAAAUAAGGCGGCGGGUCUAACUACAAAGUCGGCCUGCAGUAGCCGCAGUAGUUCCCUCAAGAAACAGAGACGAGGAUCCAAGGGAAAUGCAAAUUUAAAAGUAAUUCAAACGGAAAAUGGAGCUCCGAAGAGUGGCAACUCUGGCGGAAACAGUGUUGGAAACGACCUUAUGAAGCAAUCACAGUCCAUGACGUCACUGCAGGCCUCGAAUGAGGAGCAGCAGGAGCGUCGUGACGUCAUCCAGGCCAAGCUCCAUUUGGAGCGGCCCUACAACAGCCUCAAGAAAAAUUCGCAUAGCAAUAAAAUGCACCGUUAUUCGUGGGGAAGCGGAAACAGUCAGUGCAGCUCCACCAGCCUGCACAGCAGCGCCACCUUGGGCCUGGGCUCCUCAGGCAAAGACGACCUCUGGGCGGCCAUUCAAACGAACUACAACUACAUCAUGGACACGAACCUUUUGGACACAUGCAAGGAGGCGCGCUGUGAGAUAGAGGGCGCUGCAACAGUGUUGGAAAAGUCCAGUGAAUGUUGUUUAAAGAUGCUGGAUGAGAACCAACGACCUGAAGGUCUUUGUGAGGAUCCCAAGGAAUUGCGGCGUUGGCUGCGCGAAAUGGAGAGUAAAUUAUUGGAUUGUCCGACAAUCACGGAACUCACUUUGUUUGGAAUUGCGGAAUUGCAGAGACAUCUAGCAGUACACUCGGUGUUGUACCAUGAAAUUGUAUCACACGCUCGAGUGGUGAGCUCUUGCAUUCGAGCAGCCGAAAAGGAGCAGCAACUCCAGCAGCAACAAUUGCAGUUGCAGCAGCAACAGCAGCAACUGUCGAGUCAGCAACCCGCCUCAUUGACCAGCAACUGCUCCAGUGAGUCAACCAGCGACUCGGCCACAAAGUCGAGCAGCCUGAGCAGUGGUUUCGCCUCCUCCGAUCCGGUGACCACACCCAUAGGAACCACGCCAGCUGCCCCCACCCACCAACAACCACCAGCAACUAGCAACCAACAACAACCAACACAAACCCACCCAUCGAAGAAGGGGGAGGGAAACUUGGAGCGACUAAGGGAUCGCUAUCAUCUGUUGUAUCUAAAGGCCUUCGAACUUCAAUUGUGUCUGGAUAAUCUACUUAGAAAACGCAGCUCCACAGCGAAUGGUUUGGAUGACGACGAGGACGAAGAGGAGGACACCGAAGACGACUCCUUUGGCUACGAGGGCGAAGCCACCGAGGACGAUCUGAACGAGGUCAACUCGGAUCUGGAUUUGGAGAACAGCGAGUCGGCCAAGUCGUCCGCCGCCACCCCCGCGGAACUGAUCCUCCAGCGCUGCCAGAUUGCAGCCACCCAGAUUGUGGAGUCCCAUUCGCAAUCCCAUUCGCCGUCCCAGCAAAUCCCAGCUUCCCAAGCGGAGUCUUCUCUGUCAGCGGAUCAGCCACGCGAUUGUCUUGCACCUCAAAAGCCCGGCGAUGAGGCCGAUGAGGAGCUAGAGGAGGAGGACGAGGAGGAUCCCGAGAUUCUGGGCACCGAUGUGGUGGACUUUCUGAUUGCCAAGCGAUCGUGGAGACACCACCUCCAUCCGAAUCCCAGUGGCUCAGCCACCUUGACGGAUUUCGAGGCGGAUUCGGAGAGCAGUGAUUUCGAGCAGGUGCAGCAGUUGGGCAGCAGCAGCAACCGAAGGGUCCUCAAUCUCAUAGAGAUCAUGCCACAGCAGAGCGGUAAUAGCAAUAUCAAUAGCAGCAGUUCGUUGCUGCAGCAGCGUCAUCAUAUCGGCAACAAAAUGCUGCCCAAUAAGGCGCAUAACAAAAACAUAGCCGUGGCGGUAAUCACACCCAAUUCACAUGGGAACACCAGUCACGGACUCAGUCACAGUCUCGGUCACGAGCUGAACAAGUCGCCGCUGGGACUGCGAAAGACGACGCGUCAUCAUCACCAUCACAAUGACACCUCCAAGUUCAACCGAUCCAAUCGCAAGUCGAAGAACUGUGCGAUCUUCUACUUCAAGCAUUUGGACACGGACAACGAGCAGGGAAACGCGGCGGGCAGUGAUCUCCAGAGCGAGGAUGAUCCGUGCCUGAUUCACCGGCGAAGAAAUGGAGGAGGUGGCGAUAUACUGAAAUCGGCUGAUGCCUCAACGGAUGACGACGACGAAGGUUGGCUCUACACGGCGACAGCAGCAGCAACAUUGGAAGUUGCCACAGCAGCAGCAACAGCAACUGCAACAUCAACUGAAGCCACAUCCACGAUUGUGGAUGGUCUCCAGUCCACGGCCAUUUCCUCGACCACGGCAACCGGUGGUUCCGACUCCGAUAAGGAGAACAAGGAGACGCUGGUCAGCAGCACAACAAUCGCAACAGCAACAGCAGCAGCAGCAACAUUGCACUACGACAGCAGCAGUGCCUGCUCCUCCUCAAAUUCAAAUUCCAAUUCCAACUCCAAUUCAAACGGCAGGCUCACAGAGACCUCGGCCACCUCGCGAGUCACCCAGCUACAGAUGCAGAUCCACUCGCACUCGCAGAUGCAGAUGGAGUUCCAAAUCAAUGGCAAUGCCAGCGAUGGCAGACACGUCAUUAGCAACAACAAUUGCUACAGCAGCGGCAACAGCAACAGCAACAUGCAACAUGAGCUGCAGCAGCAGCAAAACAACAACGAGGGGGAGGCCCGUCCUCCGUCCGAGGAUCUGGCCAAGAUCAAGAUGGGCGUCGAUGAGACAACUGCUGAUAUGGCAAAUGGAAACGCCAGCAAAUCUGUACAGAUGAACAACAGUUUCUACAGCCGCGCGGACAUUUGCAACAUCAGCGUGUGGCCUGCAGAAACUGUGGCCAGUUGCCACUUGCCACCAAGAUCCCCGGCCAAAUCGGCCAAGUCCUCGAAAUCCCAGGCCAGCAGCAGCAACGCCACCAUGUCGGCAUCCAUCGGCAUUGCUUCGCCAGCCAAGGGCAAGGUCUCGCAUGAUUCAAUCAAGCAGUUGGUGCUGGAAGCCGAGCAUUUGGUGCGCGACGCCCAAGAGGCAGCACUGAAGACGCCAACCAAGCAGAAACAUUCCAUCAUUAAGAUCUCGUCGACGGUCAAGAAGCGCGAGGUCAUCAUGCCGCAUCCCAUCAAGCAGCGAGUGGAGGAAUGGCUGGAGCACCAGCCCUCGACCCCACAGCUGCUGACCCGCAGCCACACGCACGAACUCCUCCCCAGCUGCAAGCCCGAUGACUGCGAGGCAUCUGGAGAGGCAUCCGAAACGGAUUCAGUGCCUCAGGGAGGAGGAGCAGCAGCAGCAGUGGCACCCAACGGAGGAGGAGGUGCCGGAUCGGACACUUCGGAGGGCUUCACCGAUUCCAUUGCCACAUGUAUGCAAACGAGCACGAAUUCCUACGGGAAUUCCACGGAGAGAAUCGGUGGGUCCGCGGAGCCCAUUGGUCAGCCAGCAACGCCCUUGGGCUUUGGCAGCAGCAAUCAGAGCCUGAAUGUGAAGAUUGUGAAGCGACCGCAGACGCGUCGCAAGUCGGAGAGACCGUGGUCCGUGUCCUGUUUGUCCCAGCUGACCACGGAUGCAGCCCAGAUGACCACCGCCCGGAUAGUGGAGAAUUCACCGCCCGGAUUGGCCAGUCAUUCGAUCAGCGAGAGUGCCUUGGAUUCCCUUUCGCCGGGUCCAAGACCGCGGGCCGCUUCUUCCUCGGGAACGGGAAGCAAUGCGGCCAGGAAGGCGGACAGCAAGGGAUCCCUGAGGAGGCGCAAGGCCAGGAAGAAGCGCAUUUCGGCCGCCUCGGCUGGCAGGAAAUCAGAUUCGGGUUCCGAGCUGGGUGGCGAUCUCACCCAGACGCUGAUGAAGUCCUGCGAGUCGAUGUCGUCGCAGCAGCUGCAGGAGUUCACCAAUGCCCUGCUGAGCAUCCAGAAGGGAGGAGCUACUGCCGCCGGUCCUUUGAGCCCCAAGGGAGAGGCAUCGGGGGUUGUUACCCUGCUGGCCGAGGGAGAGGCAGGUGAAACCACCCAACUGAUGCUGCCCAAAUUCCGAGUGGGAUCUUUUACGACGGCUGGUCUUUUGGCCAGCGAAACGCGACUGGGAGCUCUGGCAGCAUUGUCCAACUACAUGAACGAGGACGAACAGCAAGCAGAACUCAGCACCGAGGACCAUCACAGCAGCAUCUCGGAGACGGCCUGGGACAACUACCAAGAGAAAUACAACUCGGAGAACUAUUCCGAGGGCUUUGAUUCGGAUGCAGCCCGUCGUCUCUUGGAAUUCGGCGACGACUAUCGCAAUUUCAUCGACUCGCAGUCGGACUGCUGCAGUUCCCUGUCGGCGGCCAACAAUCUGGAUUCGUUCUCGCCGCCGCGCAUGGAUUCGCUGCAGAAGCACGAGCUGAAGACCCUGCACAUCAACCAGGAGACAAUCACCAGCAGCGUGGAUCACGCCCGUCGCCAGCGAGCACUUGAACUGCAGUACGAGCGCCGUCGCAAGACUUUGGAAGUUAGGCGAAAGUCCUGUCAAGAUAUGGAUGAAAUACCAGUGGGCAAUAGCCAGAAGGAACAGCAGCAGCAACCGGCACAGCCUUCGUUGUCUGCCUCCGCCACUGCUUUAAUGACCACUCCCAAGAACCAGUCCAUCAGCCAGCAGCUGAGCAACCAGCGCACAGAGUCCGUGGGUCGCAAGCUGGACUUUAGCGGAAUGAGCCACUCGGCUCAAUCCCUGCUGCGUCGCACCUCCGAGAGCGACACUUCGACCAGGAGGCGACGCACGGUGACGGCGGACGAGAGGCGACGCUCCUCGCGCAACCUGGAGAAGUGCAUCAAGCUGAUCCCGGCCAGCACUUCCUCGUCGAGUGGCUCGGACUCGGAGGACGGCGAGCAGGAGAUGCGAUCCCUGCUGCAGCAGAGUCGUGACCGCCUAGACGAUACUAGAGCCUUGAAGAUCAGAUGCCAUCUGCUGAGACCAGAGGAUUAUAACGAGAUCAUCAACACUUGCCGCGACAACAUACGCUGCCUGGAGGCCGUUCUGCGCGGUCCACCUGGCACCGUGCUGUCCAACCACUGCGCUGGCCAGACAAAAGAUCUGCUAGCCGCCUGGGAGGAUCUGCUCGGCUGGAGCGAGAAUGCCUCGGCUGCCCGCAAGUUGCAGCAGGAGAUGAGCGUGCUCAAGCACUCGCUGCAGCGACUGGGUGACAAGCCCACUCCCGAGCUCCUCGACACAGAGCCGGCCAUCCAAAUCGCCGUGGAGGCUCUCAAGUUGGAGCAAACGCAACUGGCCAGCUACAGGACCAACAUGCUGCGCCUCAACGCCUCCGUCCACAGCUGGCUCACACGGCAGGAGAGGCGACUGCAGAGCGCCUUGGAGGAGCAGCAGGAACAGCAGCAGCUACAGGAGUCCGAACAACUCAAGCAGGAAGAGAAACCAAUAGAAGAGAAGAAAGCUGCUGCAGCUUCCGUUCAAAAGGAUCAUUCAGUGGCUAUUACAGUAACCGAUAGCAAUGGCAAUCAAGUGGAGGCACUGGCCACAGGAGAAGCCUCCACCUCCACUUCCACGCCAGCCUGGGAUGUGCAUUCGCUUAUGUCCGCAGAGCAGGAGUUCCACAAGCAUCUGAAGAACGAAGUGAGCGAUAUGUACAGCGCUUGGGAUGAGGCUGAUGCCAGAAUCAACACGCAACUGGAGAUGCUCACCAACUCGCUGAUUGCCUGGCGGCAACUGGAAUCCGGAUUGAGUGAAUUCCACUUGGCUUUGGGCCAGGAUAGAGGCACCCUCAAAGGUCUGGAGGGAGCUCUGGACAAGGGACAAGCCACGCCCGUGGAGCUGGCCCAGAAUGUCAAGCUGGUGGCGAAGCUCCUCUCCGAAAAGGUGCACGUUAGCCAGGAGCAACUGAUGGCCGUGCAACAGCACUUGGACCCGAAUCACAUCUACCACAUUGCCAAGUUCACCGCCUCCAAUGGUUCGCUCUCGGAUUCGGGCAUUUCCGAUGGAGGCGCCACCUCCGAUGGUGGAUUAUCCGAGAGGGAGCGACGUUUGGGAGUCCUGCGACGUCUGGCCAAGCAGUUGGAACUUGCUUUGGCGCCGGGCAGCGAGGCCAUGCGUUCCAUUGCCGCCAGGAUGGAGAGCGCUGAAGCCGAGUUGAAGCAUCUGCAGAAUACCUGCAGGGAUUUGAUUGUGCGCACGGCAGCCAGCCAUCAGCAGAAGCAGCAGAAUCAUCAUCAGCAGGGUCAACAGAUUGCUCCGAAAGCCAAUGGACAGGUGAAGAGCAAGCAGCAAGCUGCCAAGAGCCCUCAGUCGCCGGGCAAACGCGGCAAGGGAGCGAGGAAGGCGCGAAAGAACGCUGGCGAGGAUCAGCAAGAGGAGGAGGAGGCCAAGCUCAGUCCGGAACAGCAGAAACUAGUGCUGAAGCAGCUCAAGAGCCUGACAACUGCCGAUGGAGGUGGCGGCGAUGACCCCUCCGAUGAUCCCUCGCUGCUCUUCAACCUGGAAAGCGCCGAGGAAGAUGCCGAGGAAGUGGAUCCCGCCCAGGCCUCCAAGCGCGGAUGGGCGUGGCGCAUUGCGCGGGCCGCAGUGCCCAUGCAAGUGGCCCUCUUCACCAUCUUCUGCGCCGCCUGUCUGAUGCAACCCAAUUGCUGCGACAAUCUGAACAACCUGUCCAUGAGCUUCACGCCCCAGCUGCGCUAUAUCCGCGGACCACCUCCGAUUUGAGGAUAAGGGAAACGGAAUAAGGAAACUUAGCAGGCCGCUAAUCGUUGUAGGUUACCGUUACGUUAUGUUAAGGCAUUUAACAGCUGUAACUAGAGUUAACCAGCGCAACCCCGCCACUUAGGCAGAGCCACUACUGAGCUCGCUUUUGGCGCGCGUCUCCCGCGCUCGAGGUUUUAUAAGACAAAAACAGAGCGCUCAUUCGUCACCCUCCCAAAAGAGGUGCGACACCCAGAGGCAGCCCAAUUUUAUACGUCUAAUUUAGGUAGCGAGCGCAAAAGAAACGCAAUUUAAGGAUAGUAAGGAUAUGUAUUUGUUAUUUCGGUUAAUUUCCUACGAGUUUAGGUUGCAGUUCUAUCGGAACACUUUGAAGAUGUACUUAGGCGUUUGAAUACAGCCACUUGAAUACUGCCGCAUAAAGAUGAUCAAAAACAAAAGGGAGGACCCAGUAAUUAUUUAUGUUUCGUAACAAAUGAAUGAUCAAAUUGAGUGGCGUUUUUGUAUACUUUUUUGUUUGAAAAACACUAAAGUGCCUACAAAUGCGAACUGUGAACGAGAGAGGAGCAGAUCAAAGGAGCAGGAGACAAAGGAUCCAAAUGAGAGUAUCAAUCCAAGGCAACGAAGCAAACAGAAGCUAAAAGCCAACAAAAGCACUACGGAGCUAGCAAGCGGAGCUCUCUACUACAGCGAUUGAGAAUCAGAGUUUAUAUUUUUAUAUGCAACGCAACUAUACACAAUCAGUGCGAAGACAACGACUCUUCGGAACCACACACACUUCAUACGUUUUAUGUCUAUUAUAUUAAUAGGAUAAACCUUAAACUUAUUUUGCAAAGCCGAAAAAUUCAACAAAAAAACAAAACUAGAAAUUAUCUCUUAGGUUCGUGUUUGGAAUUCCUAGACUUAGUUUAUGAUUUACCCACUCCUGGCAGAUGAUCAGUGUAAUAUACUUGUAAGGUUUAUAUACUUUGUGCGUUUUCAAAACUUUCACUUGGCAGUAAAAAGCAAAAACAGAAAAACAUCAUUUAUACACAAAAAAAAAAAAUUAAAGAAAAAGUAUUAAAAAC